GAGGAGGAAGAGCAAGAGGGGGAGGACACUAGCUCGCUGGCUCGCUCUCUGGACCUCGCUCCCUCUCCACACAAGCCCUGACCGGCACUGACGAACACAGAGCGCGCUAAGCCUCGGCCCCGCCGCCUGGCCAGCCUAGGACUGGCUCCUGCGCGUCGCGCGCGGCCCGUUUGGCUCUCUAAGUUUGCGCGCCGGACCUCGCCACCACCGUGCCCCUCAACCCCGUCCUCCGCGCUGCUGGUUGGCUGCCCCCCUGAGCGUCCCCACGCCCGAGGGAGACUGUGAGCGGACCCGAGCCUCGCUUCAGUUAUUUCUUGGCUCUUGGGCUGGCGGACCGCGGAGGACGGGCAUGAUCGAGGACAAGGCUCGCCAAGGGGCCAGCGACGCGGCGGCAGCGGCCCGGGGGGAGCCGUGCCCCCGGCCCCCGCUGCCCCGGAGCUGCGCGCUGCUGGGCGGCGUGUCCCUCUUCUCGUUGGCGCUCAGCCUCCUAGUGCACUUUCGGAGCGCGGAGCUGCAGUCCCGCCUGGGUCGGCUGGAAGCUGAGCAGCGGCGCCCGCCCCCGCAGCAGCCCCCGCAGCCCCCCGCCUGGCUGGCCGCGCACCAAAUGGAGGAGGCUAUUUUGGGAAGAGUCAACCAGCUGCUGGAGGAGAAACUGAAACUUCAUUUGACCAGGCGACGAGAGCCCCGGGAUACAUCAUUGAGAUGUAACUGUCCCCCAGGACCCCCUGGUCCUGCAGGAAGACCUGGACUUCCGGGAGACAAAGGCGCCCUUGGGAUCCCAGGACGAGUGGGACUCAAGGGCCAACCAGGAGAGAAGGGAGCCCCAGGAGAUGCUGGAAUGUCUAUUAUUGGUCCUCGUGGUCCCCCGGGUCAGCCUGGCACAAGAGGCUUUCCUGGAUUUCCGGGCCCCAUCGGCUUAGAUGGCAAACCGGGCUACCCUGGACUGAAGGGGGAGAUGGGUCUCUCAGGUCCCAAGGGACAACCGGGACCCCCAGGACAAAAAGGAGAAAAGGGUCAAUGUGGCGAUUACCCACACCGGGAGUACCUAAGCACCACCCUGGCAGCCCUGCGUUCCAACCAGAUAAUUACCCUGAAGGGUGAACAGGGACAAGCAGGCAUCCAAGGCCCCCCUGGGCCGCCUGGUCCCCCUGGACCUUCUGGACCUAUUGGACCUCUGGGUAACCCGGGAGAGCCAGGGCCCAUGGGGCCACCCGGCUUACCUGGAUCGCCUGGACCAAAGGGAGACCCCGGAAUUCAGGGAUAUCAUGGACGAAAGGGGGAGAGGGGCAUGCCCGGGAUGCCAGGAAGGCCGGGACCCAAGGGGGCUCCAGGGACAGCUGCCUUGGGGAUGAAGGGAGAGUCUGGAGCUUCGGGAAUGCCAGGGCCCCCAGGUUUGCCAGGGAAGAGGGGGCAGAGGGGUGAGAAGGGGAGCGCCGGCAGCCCCGGCCUGCCUGGAUUCCUGGGCCAGAAGGGAGAGAAAGGAGAUGCAGGCAAUGCCAUUGGAGGAGGCCGAGGGGAGCCAGGGCCCCCGGUACCGGGACCACCAGGACCAAAGGGAGAAGCUGGCACCAGUGGCCAGACUGGGCCUCCUGGGAGCCAAGGAGACAAGGGAGAAAUCGGAGCUCCUGGAGCCCAGGGACCUGCUGGUCCAAAGGGUGCCAAGGGAGAGCCAGGCAAAGGAGAAAUGGUGGAUUACAAUGGAAACAUCAACGAAGCUCUCCAGGAGAUCCGAACUUUGGCCUUGAUGGGACCUCCUGGACUCCCAGGGCAAAUGGGCCCCCCAGGAGCUCCUGGUGCACCCGGACAAAAGGGGGAAAUUGGUCUGCCAGGUCCUCCAGGACAUGAUGGGGAAAAGGGACCUCGAGGAAAGCCAGGAGAGAUCGGGCCCCCUGGUCCCCAAGGCCCACAAGGAAAGGAUGGACCUCCAGGGCUAAAAGGAGAAAAAGGAAAUGUUGGGACACCUGGAGAGAAAGGGGAGGCAGGACAAGUUGGCUCCCCGGGUCUUGAUGGCCCCACCGGAGAGAAAGGAGAACCAGGUGACCAAGGGAGACCAGGAGCCGCAGGAUUGCCCGGUCCAAUUGGGCUCCCGGGAUUUACAGGAGAGAAAGGAGAUCCUGGAGCAAAGGGUGACCCAGGAGUGGAGACAUCUGGACCACCAGGGCCCCAGGGCCCCCCGGGACCUGCAGGUCUCCAAGGUGUUCCUGGACCAAAGGGAGAAGCUGGACUUGAUGGAAUGAAAGGAGAGAAGGGUGUCCAGGGAGAAAAAGGAGACCGAGGUCCAUUGGGAUUGCCUGGUGCUUCAGGUUUGGACGGCAGGCCUGGGUCACCGGGUACUCCAGGACCAGUUGGGGUUCCCGGCCCGGCAGGACCAAAAGGGGAGAGGGGCAGCAAAGGAGACCCAGGGAUCACAGGACCAAUGGGAGCAGCUGGGCUUCCUGGUUUGCACGGACCACCCGGUGACAAAGGAAACCGGGGGGAGAGGGGGAAGAAAGGCUCUAGG